AGGAAAAGAGCAAAUCUCCGAAGCUCCAGUAUAGUAUGGGGCCUGUCCCAGUCUGUGGGGAGGAGAGGAGUGAGAAAGGACCUGGGAGGCUGCGCAGGGGGUAAGGGAUCGUCCAGAACAAGGAGUCCAGGAGUCAGGAGAGCCUGCCCGGCUUAGUUUAAAGAGGCUGCUAAGGUCUGCUCCUCCCCUCUGAAGGUAGAGGACUCUAGGCUAGGGGUCGAGGGGUUGGUAAGAGAGAAGAGGUCGACCUUCCCACCCACAGUGGUGGUCCGUGGGAACAGCCACCCUAGCUUGUGUGGAUGUAUGUAGGGACAAAAUAGAGAGCAGCUGGCAGCAGUUCUCUCUGCACAGGAUGAAGGUGGAAAGCACAUGGAUAGGAAUUCUUCCUGUCACUCUCCUUGAUCAUGGUAGAAAUGGAAAUCUUUAAUACUGAAGGGAAGGGGAGAAUGAGCCUCGAAGCUGAUACCUAUACCAAUACCCACCUCACCCACCUCCCAGGCCUCAAAAGUGUCUAAGGGUACAGACGUAUUCUGGGACUUGUUGUUUUUGCUGGCCUUGCUCCCUUGGCAUGUUGGGAGCUGUAGUCCUUGCCAGCCACAGCCUGGCACAGCUGUUUGAUGCCAGCUGCUGCCCACCCCCUGCACGAAGAGUGAGGCUUGGCCUACUCCUCCCUGCCCCCAUCCCCUGCAGUCCUGCCCCAUGAGUCAGCUUGAAGCCAUGGUAUAGAGCCAGACUGGCUGGGUGGCAGGGGAGUGAAUCUAAGAGCGUCUUGUUGACAGAGUGGGAACUGAGAGGGCUCUGGGGUUAAUGAGCAGAUGCCAGGUAUGCUGGGGUCAAGUAGGGCAUCAUGUCAUCCCCUGGCUUCCCCAGGGCAAGGGGUCAAGAGGGCAACUGGGAUGACCAGGAAGUGGUGGUGCUAAGGAAAAGGCCCCUCCUGCAUCUGUGUGGUUUGAGUGGAGGAAAUAAGGGUAGAAAUUAGUGCAGGUUGUACCUUCUGACAAGGUUGGUUGCAGGUAGGAUAGUGCAGGUUGCCAUUGGUGUUCUGCCCUUUCCAGCCAUCCCGCCCACCACAGGGAACCAGGAUUUUCUUAGGGAUCCCAAUUCUUAGGAGAAUUUGGUGAAAUGGGAUAGUGGGGUACAACGAUGGGAACUUGGUGUAGGAGAGCUUUUCAGUCCCUGGGUACAAAUCUCUCCUUUCUGCGUGCUCCCUACCCCCACCUCUGUUCCUGAUUCUCCCUUGUACAAUUAAUCUCUCUGCUUCUCUCAUCUGGGAAUUUUUUCUCUCCACUCUCAGGACUGCUGCCCAGAUCUCUGGGACUUGCAUUCUACUUUUUUUGAGCCCUGCUGUGUGCUUACCCCUGUACUUGGGGUGGGAUGGAGGGCUGGGACACAGAUCUGUCCUCAGGAACUCUGUGGUCAGUCUAGAAGAUGCUUUACCCACAGGAGUGAGCAGAACUGUUAGUGAGCUUACAGGAAGUAGUAACACUGCCAUUGGUGAGGUCUCAGAGAAGGGAGAGAUGCUUAUGGUCUGGGGUGGACAGAGCAGACUUUCUGGAGGAGAUGGCAUUUGACCUAUCCAAGGAGGAAGAGUCUUGGGGUCCUGCUGAGCUCAGGAGCUGCACGGAAUGGUGGCAGUCACCUUGCCAGUGCAGCAGGCAUGGAUCAGACUGCAAGCUAGGGACACAAGGCAUCAGUUGGGAAGAGGGGACGCACAGCUAGGCUUGAGGCCUCUUCAUCGGGAUGUCCCCAGGCCCCCCAGCCCAGGCCCAGCAUAAAGGCCGUGUUGGGGGGCCCCCCUGACCCAAGGGGGGCUUCAUGCGCCACGUGCAGGCGGAGCCGUCUCCAUCCUCAGAGCCGGAGGCUGGCCCUUCACAGCCUCCAGUCAGGCAGGGGGCCCUCCAGGGUGGCCUGCUCAUGGGCUACAGCCCAGCAGGGGGGGCGACAUCCCCCGGGGUCUACCAGGUAUCCAUCUUUUCCCCUCCGGCUGGUACCUCUGAGCCUCAUAGGGCCCUGAAACGACAAGCCCCACCCACUGAGGGUCCCCGGGAGCUGAAGAGAGGCCCUGGGCUGGGGGCCAGAGAGGGACUACCCCCUGAAGAACCAUCUACUGUGGGGCUCUUGGGCCCAGAGGGACUGGGGCUGGGACUAGGUGUGGCCAGCCAGCAUUUCUCCCACCAUGGCCUCUGUGUUGUGGAACAGAGAAGUAGUGUCACCUCAUCUUGGACUUCAGGGGCCUGGAGUCCCCCCUGCCCCCCAUCAAAUGCUUCCUGCAAUACUUUGCACACCAGAGACUGGGCCUCCCCAGGUCCAGGGGGACAGGGGUCCCUGGGGGAGUCCCCAGGGCCAGCCCCUCAAGGCCAGCUGCACACACUUGACACUGAUUUGCACAGUCUUGCACAAAUAGGGGGUAAGAGCCCAGUGGCUGGGGUGGGCAAUGGGGGUAGCCUCUGGCCUAGGGAGUCCCCUGGCACUGCCAAUGGGCACAGUCCCGAGCACACACCCCCUGGCCCUGGACCUCCAGGCCCCUGCCCCACCAAGCGAAGGCUGCUUACUGCUGGAGAAGCCCCAGAUGUCAGCUCUGAGGAAGAGGGGCCAGCCCCUCGGAGGCGCCGGGGAUCCCUGGGCCACCCUACUGCUGCCAACAGUUCUGAUGCCAAAGCCACACCCUUCUGGAGCCACCUGCUGCCUGGGCCCAAAGAGCCUGUUUUGGACACAACAGACUGCGGUCCCAUGGGGCGGAGGCUGAAAGGAGCCCGUCGCCUGAAGCUGAGCCCCCUUCGAAGCCUCCGGAAGGGGCCAGGCCUGCUGAGCCCCCCCAGUGCCUCCCCUGUUCCUACCCCUGCUGUCAGCCAUACCCUGCUGGGCAACUUUGAGGAAUCAUUGCUGCGAGGACGUUUUGCACCAUCUGGCCACAUUGAGGGCUUCACAGCAGAAAUUGGAGCUAGUGGGUCAUACUGCCCCCAGCAUGUCACGCUGCCUGUCACUGUCACAUUCUUUGAUGUUUCUGAGCAAAAUGCCCCGGCUCCCUUCCUGGGCAUCGUGGAUCUGAACCCCUUGGGGAGGAAGGGUUACAGCGUGCCCAAGGUGGGCACCGUCCAAGUGACCUUAUUUAACCCCAACCAGACUGUGGUAAAGAUGUUCCUCGUGACCUUUGACUUCUCGGACAUGCCUGCUGCCCACAUGACCUUCCUGCGCCAUCGCCUCUUUUUGGUGCCUGUGGGUGAGGAGGGAAAUGCUAACCCCACCCACCGCCUCCUCUGCUACUUGCUGCACCUCAGGUUCCGGAGCUCCCGCUCAGGCCGCUUAAGCCUGCAUGGAGAUAUCCGCCUGCUUUUUUCCCGCCGGAGCCUGGAGCUGGACACAGGGCUCCCCUACGAACUGCAGGCUGUGACCGAGGCCCCUCAUAAUCCACGUUAUUCACCUUUGCCCUGAUUGCCAGCACUCUGAACCCAUGCAGGCUAACGACCUGCCCAUCCUGCUCCAUCUUAGAGAACAUAUAUGGAGAGACAGCAAGAGACCCUUCAGGCUUGAAUUAAAGCCCUCACCAUGCUCACGCCCAAAUGGAUUAUUUGGGUGUUUAAAGCUUCUGAUCCUUACUACACCCUGCCCUACUUCGGGUACUCCAUGUGCCUGUCCCCUCCCUUGGGUUUCCUAGGCCAGCUUAGGUAGUAGGGAGGAACCGGAGCUACCCUGAGAUUGUCUCAAGUUCCCAGGCAAGUUAUGCCAGCGUUGCCUCCCUGUCCUGGGCAGGGGCCACUUAUUAUUUUAUUUAUUUUUAAUUUAUAAUUUAUUCAAAUUGGAUUGCCUUGGUAACCUCCCACACCUGAUAAUUGGCAUCACUCCUCCCUGCUUCCCACUCUCAGAUAGUGCUCCAACCUCAGGAGUUGAAGAGGCUUAUGCGGGGGGCAGGAGGAGAACUGCUCUCCCUCAGCUGAGGGAAGAGGGGCAAUUCCAGAGGGACUGAGUCAGUAGCCAAAGCCUCAGCUUCCCCUGUCCUUCCCCCAGUCCCUUCACUUCCCCUACCCUCUGACCUAUCGCUGAAAGCCAAGUUAUGUGUAUGUGUGUGUGCACAAGCUUGUCUUUGUGUGGUAUGUGUGUGUGAGAGAGUGUGCAUGUAUGCACACACACAGGGGUUAACCACCCCUCACCUAGGGCUCCAGACUCCAGUUGUCCCUCUCCUCCUACCUGUGUCUCCUUGCUUUGGGGUCCUGACUGAAGAAGGUGUCCAGGGGGCAGAGUCAGGGCCAAGCACUGGGGUGCCUCCUCUCACCUGGCCAGACUCUGACCCACCUACCUCAGCUGGGGUGAGGGGCACCCCUCAAACUCAGUCAUGUGGUUCCAAACUACCCCAUUCCCCACUCCAGACUCUGACCCAGCCUCAGUACUGACUCCUGGGGCUGGGCUGAGGGGAACAAGCAUUUGCUGAAACUUGAAAACACAAAGCAAAUCAACAACAGGAAAAAAUUGUACCUGGUACUUUUUUUUAGAAAAAAAAGAUUAAAAAAGAAAGAAUAAAUUCUUGUUUGGAAACUUGAACUAAGCACUA